AUGGUUUCAUAUAGUUUACACAGCUCAUGUGGGGCUACAACAACAUCAAUGACAACUGCAGAAACGGAUACACCGACAACAAAAGCGAAUACAACGGAAUCAGAAGGACCAACAACUACAAAGCAAUUAGAAACAACUACAAACAUUAAAGUAACAGAUCCAACAACAGUUCUAACUGAUCAGACAAGUAUUAAAACGGCACCGCAAAUAAAUACGACGGACACGACAUUGACAACGAUGGAUACUACACAAUCAACCGAAGCUACGACGCAGACGUCGCCUACAAUUAUGACGUCGAAUGAAACAAUGACAUCGAAUGAGACGUUGACGUCGCCUGCAACGACACCCGCCCCUCCCAAUAUUACUGCAGAUAAAUCUACAGCAAGUCCUUUACAACAAGGAGCCGGUCCUUCAGAGGGCAAUGUAGCUAUAGGAGCAGUAAUGGCUAUAGCUGUUUGCUUAGUUAUUAUCAUAUUAAUCGUGUUAUUAGCUAGAAUUGAAAAUAAUUUGAAUGGAACGGCAAAAUCUAGAAAACUUUCAAUAUUUGAUGUAAACAGAAGAUCGGAUAACAGUCUUCUGAUACGUGAAGGCGCUACAGCUUUCUAA